AUGGUGCUAUGUUUUUGUGGAAAAGUUGCUGUGGUGAAAACGUCUUGGACCCCUUUGAAUCCAGGAAGGAGAUUUUUUGCAUGCCCUAUGAAUGAUUCCGUUUGUGGGUUUAUUGGGUGGCUUGAUCCCCCAAUGUGUGCUAGGUCUAAAGCCAUCAUACCUGGUCUGCUAAGAAAUUUGAAUUCAGUGCAGGAACGGUACAAUGAGUUGGUUAGAGGUAUGAACAUGCUACAGGAUCAAUGCAAUGGACUGAUAGGCAAGAACAACAUUUUGGUGGCAAAUGUCAGAGCAUUGAAGGAUGAUAAUUUGAAGCUGAAAAUGUACAUGUUUGGAAGUUGGUUUUUCUUUGUGAUUGUAUUCUUUUAUAUUUGGUUUGUGUAG